UCCCCUCCACCGGAUUGAAGAAACGCUGAAUUUAGGAACACUCAAUUCUAACGGCUGACCAAUCUGCUGAGUUUCGAAACAGACGGAUUAUAGUUUACGACUAUACACAAUACAUCAAACACAGCAUGGAUCACAGUAGUCGUUAUUAUCAUUGAAAUUAAUUUUAUCCGAAUUGUUAUCACACAGUUCGUUUCAUACACUGCUAAAUAUCAAAUUAUUUUUUAUGUUUUUAUUUAUUUUUAGUUUUUUUAUGCAUCAGUGGCUGUACUUUUAUAUAAUAAUUUAGACGUUUAUAUUAUCUGUAGCCGUGUCACGGAUCAAGGGCCAAGUCCAUGAUUAAGAGUAGACAGAUGAAAAUUUUAAUCGAUGAUAAUGAAAUUGUUAAAAAAAUAAAGAAUUAAAAAUUAUGCUUUUGAGUUACAUCUAAUUUUUUUGCUUUUGUAAUUGAAUUUUAUAUAUAAUUUAUAAAGUAUGUUUAAAAACAUUGGUCGAAGUAACGUACUAUUCGUAUGCAAACGCUCAUUUGUCAGAUUGAUAGAAGUGGGUCAAUUGAAUCUACCAAAGUCCAUAGAGAAGUAUGAAACCGGUCAGUUGUUUUUUCACCGGAUAUUUGGAUACAGAGGAGUAAUAUUAUUUCCAUGGUUAGCUAGAGUAUAUGACCGAGAUAUUAUCAAUAAAACAGAAAAUGCUGUAGGUAAGGAUGUCAAAGGGAAAACACAUACAUUUUAUCAAACUUUGAUUGAUGAAAGAGACUGUCCGUUCAUUAGAGCACAAACAGAAGCAGUUACUUUUUUAGGUAAUCAAGAUACUAGCCGUAGUUUAUACGCAAUACCUGGUCUAGAUUAUGUGGCCCAAGAAGACAUACUUCCAUAUACUGCGACUGAAAAACAACCUUUACAGCAUGAGCUUUUUGAUAAAUUUCUAAUGUAUUAUCCAAAUAAGGAUCCACCUUUUGGUGCACAAGAAACAUUGAGAUCAUGGCAAAAAAAAAAUCACCCCUGGUUAGAAUUGUCAGAUGUUCAUAAAGAAACUACUGAAAACAUUAGGGUUACAGUAAUACCAUUUUAUAUGGGAUAUAGAGAAUCACAAACAAAUUCUGUCUAUUGGUGGAGAUAUUGUAUACGAUUAGAAAAUUUGGGCGAACAAAGUGUUCAACUGAGAGAACGUCAUUGGAGAAUAUUUAGUUUAUCUGGAACCUUAGAAACUGUUCGUGGAAGAGGAGUGGUAGGUCAAGAACCUGUACUUUCAAAAAAAUCACCAGCUUUUCAGUACAGCAGUCAUGUGAGCUUACAAGCUCCUAGUGGACAUAUGUGGGGAACAUUUCGAAUGGAACGUGAAGAUGGACAUUUAUUCGAUUGUCGUAUACCACCAUUUUCUUUAGAGAGCAAGCCAGAUGAUAAGUUUCUAGACCGUUAAAUGUUGGGUGAUCCAUUCCUAAGCAACUGGUGACUGACUCAUCUUCACCAUGUGGACAAUCGUCCUGGAGAUCGCAUACCCAUUGUCGAGGUAUACAACUACGUGCAUUAUAUGUAUUAUAGUUAUUCAAACACUAAAAAAAAUAAAUUUAUAAUUUGUAAAUAUUA